ACACUUGUUAAUGGCUGUUUGUCCGUGUUUGCAUGAACCCAACCGAACACCCAAAAACCCAAUCGCCUCUCUCUCUCUUAAUUUCCCCCAUCUGGGUUUGCGGGUCUGGGUUCAAUCUGGAAAAUGAGGUGGGAGAAGUUGCAGAUGCGGGAGAUGGGCCCGAUGGGUGGGCCCGGAAAGAGGUGGGGACACACUUGCAACGCCGUUAGAGGGGGAAAGCUUCUCUACGUUUUCGGUGGGUACGGCAAAGAUAACUCCCAGACCAACCAAGUGCACGUCUUCGAAACUGCAACACGAACUUGGAGUCAGCCUGUGAUAAAAGGCACACCUCCGGCGCCAAGGGACAGCCACAGCUGUACCACUGUUGGGGAUAAUUUGUUUGUGUUUGGGGGUACAGAUGGAAGGAACCCACUGAGGGAUUUGCAUAUUUUAGACACCUCUUCAAAUACAUGGAUCUCGCCAAGUGUAAGAGGCGAAGGACCAGAUGCACGGGAAGGCCACAGUGCAGCACUCAUUGGCAAACGACUUUUCAUAUUUGGUGGGUGCGGAAAAUCUUCCAAUAAUUCUGAUGAGGAGUUUUAUGAUGAUCUCUACAUUCUAAAUACAGUGACUUUUGUAUGGAAUCAUGCUUCUACAUCGGGCAGCCCACCAGCAAAGCGUGAUAGCCAUACUUGCUCAUCUUGGAAAAACAAAAUCAUCAUAAUUGGUGGUGAAGAUUCAUAUGAUUAUUAUCUAUCUGAUGUUCAUAUCCUUGAUGCAGAUAAUCUUGUGUGGAGCAAGCUAGAAACUUCAGGCCAACUCUUGCCACCUCGAGGUGGGCAUACAACCGUGGCCUUGGGGAAGAACUUGUUCGUCUUUGGGGGCUUCACUGACGAGUCAAGCCUAUAUGAUGACAUCUAUAUGCUUGAUGUUGAUACUGGUGUGUGGACCAUGGUUGCAGCUACUGGCGAGGGGCCUUCUGCCAGAUUUUCCAUGGCUGGGGACAGUUUGGAUCCACAAAGGAGCGGUAUUCUUGCAUUUCUUGGUGGUUGCAAUAAGAAUCUUGAAGCAUUGGACGACAUGUAUUACUUGCACACAGGACUUACAACGGAAAACGAGCGAGAUGAACGACGACUAGAGAAGUUGUCUUUGAGGAAGCAACUGAAGUUAAAGUGCCAAGAACAGAAUAUGUUUACUCCUCCUGCAUAUGAUAAGGCCUUGGUCAGAAUUGAUACAAAUGCUGAUCUUUACCAACCGAUUCCCAUGCCAAGUAUAGAACCAAGCAAAGCUAACAUAUACAUGAGGGAAUACCAACCUUUUCAAGGGAAGAGGACAUUUCAAGCCAAGGUUACCAAAUGCUUCCCAGUUGGUUACACCAUUGAAACCAUCAUUGAUGGAAAGCUUCUUCGUGGAGUAUUAUUUUCCAACAAAUUAAGCUUUAACCAAGCUGACGAUAUUUCUAGAAGGAGAAAGGGAGCUGUGGAAAUCAAUAACGUUAAGCUGAAUAUUGAUCAGAAAUCUAACUCAGAAACCACAAAACCGAUCAGCCAGGAUAGAAUAGUUGAUAGGCAAGCGGGUGGUGCUAAUGAAAAGAAUGUGGAAGCUGCUGCCCCUCCAAAUAUGACGACUUCAGCACCUUCUGAUGCAUCUCAGCCCCAUGAGGUCUCUAGGAACUCAGAGGUGUCGGUGGAAGCUGAUGCAACUGUUAAAGAUAAUGAGAUGAAGGGCCCAACAAAUGCCUGCACUGACGUCCAAAAAGAGAUUACGUCUCUGGCAGCCAAUGACACUGUCACCCUCUUGACAAAUUCAGAGGACAAAGCAUUGGCUGCUGAAGAGCACGGUUCCUUUGUUGGUCCGGCACUAUCAGUUUGAAGCACUCCUGAUAAUAACGUUUUGAAAUGAAUUUAGGACAUCUCUUAAGGGGGGGAAAAAUAUCAACCUUGUUUGUACAUUUGUUACUCCAAGGUGGUCAUAGUUACAGUUAAAGGUGAUGACAGAAUUUGUUCUUCCAAAACUGGCGAGACUAGCCACCCGCUCAUGAUCGAGUUUCUGUACCCUAGGUACAGGUUUUAAUCCAUAACAUACUAGUUGUAUGUAGAAUCUGUAGUAAAUUAACUGCUGUAAAUUAACUGUUUUCGGAUACAAAUAUUUUGUAUCCUAAGAUUAGCAAGAGAAAAACUGCUCCUUCGAAGUUGGUAACUGUUAUGAAUGCUGUUAAUGGUAGACUUUACUAA